AUGGCUACUCCAACCAUUUCAUCAUCUUCUGAAUCUGGUUGGGAUUACGAUGUCUUUCUAAGUUUCAGAGGUGAAGACACCCGCAAGAACUUCACUGAUCAUCUUUACUCUGCCUUGGUGGGACAAGGAAUCAUCACCUUCCGAGAUGACAAGGAGCUUUCAAAAGGAGAGAAUAUCUCUACCAAACUUGUCAACGUGAUUCGAAGAUCAAGGAUUUCUAUUGUGGUUUUCUCCAAAGGCUAUGCUUCUUCCAAGUGGUGUCUUGAUGAGCUUGUGGAAAUUGUGCACUGUAAGAAUAUCAUAGACCACGCUAAUCUUCUUCCCAUCUUUUAUCACGUGAACCCCUCGGAUGUUCGAAAUCAGACUGGAACUUUUGCUAAAGCUUUUGCUAGGCAUGAAAAGCAGUUUCAAACAAGUAUGGAGAGGGUGCAAAGCUGGAGAGUAGCCCUUACUGAAGCUACGAAUUGUUCUGGGUGGGAUCUAGAAAGCGCUGCAAAAGGGUAUGAAUCGAGAUUGAUCCAAGAGAUUAUUGAAGAAGUUUUGUGUAGAGUGAACCCCGUCCGCUUGGAUGUUGCCAUACACCCAGUAGGAAUACAAUCUCGUGUUGAAGACAUAAAAGCUUUAUUAAAUCUUGGAACAAAUAACAUUCGCAUUGUGGGCUUCUAUGGGAUGGGUGGAAUUGGAAAAACAACCCUAGCGAAAGCUGUCUAUAACGAAAUAUGUCAUGGAUUUCAAGGAAGCAGCUUUCUAUUAAAUGUUAAAGAAAAAUCAAAAGAGUCCAAUGGUUUGGUUCAUUUGCAAGAACAACUUCUUUAUGAUAUCUUGCACAAGAAGAACUGGAAUGUUUACAAUGUUGAUAGAGGGAUAACUUUGAUUAAGGAAAGAAUUCAAGGAAAAAAAGUUCUUGUUGUUCUUGAUGAUGUGGAUCACUUAGACCAAUUACACGCAUUAGUUGGAAACUUCAAGUUGUUUGGUCUAGGAAGUAGACUCAUUGCAACAACUAGAGACGAACAUUUGCUAAAUCUACUUAAAGUAGAUGAAAAAUGUAAGGUUCAAGAAUUGAAUCAUCGAGAGUCUCUUCGACUUUUCAAGUGGCAUGCCUUCAAGAUGACCCACCGAAUAAAAGAAUACAUGGAUCUUUCAGUUAGUAUAGUGAAGUAUACUGGAGGACUUCCCUUGGCUCUUGUGGUUUUGGGUUCUUCUCUAUUUGAAAAAAGUGUUGACGUAUGGAAAAGCAAAUUGAAAAAAUUACAAAAAAUUCCUGACACAGAGAUUCAGACCAAACUGAAAAUUAGCUACGAUUCAUUGGAUGAUGUUGUGACAAAGGACAUAUUCCUUGAUAUUGCAUGUUUCUUUAUCGGUAUGGAGAAAGAAUAUGUCAUCAAAAUACUGGAUGAAUGUGAUUUAUUUGCAAAUGAUGGACUCAAAAUUCUCAUUCAAAGGUCCCUUGUGACAAUUGAUGAUAAUAAGUUGAGGAUGCAUGAUCUAAUUCGAGAUAUGGGGAGAGGGAUUGUUCUUGCAGAAUCACCUCGUAAUCCAGGAAAACGAAGUAGAUUGUGGUUCCACGAGGAUAUCUUAAAUGUACUAAGCCAACAUAUGGGUUCAAAAAAAGUGGAGGGUCUCAUCUUUAAUCUCCCUGUGCCUGAAGAUCUACAUUUGAUCACUGAAGGAUUUGCAAAUAUGAAUAAUUUGAGAUUGCUCCAAAUCAAUGAUGUACAUCUCAUUGGAUCUUAUGAAUAUCUUCCUAAAAAGCUAAAAUGGCUUUGUUGGCAUAAGUGCCCUCUGGAAUCUCUGCCACAAAAUUUUCAUCUAGAGAAUCUUGUUAUUCUUGACAUGCAACAUAGUUAUGUCGAACAAGUUUGGAAGGAGAAAAAAAAUUUCAACAAGUUGAAGGUCCUUAAUUUGAGCAAUUGCAAAUGUCUCACCACAUUACCAAACUUCUCACAAGGCUCACAAUUGGAGAUAUUAAUACUUGAAGGUUGUACAAGCUUGGUUCAGGUUCAUGAGUCCAUUAGUUAUCUCAAAAGACUUGUUUCAUUGAAUUUAAAGAAUUGCACAAAUCUAAAAGACCUUCCAAGAAGCAUUUUUAACUUAGAAUCUCUUGAAACUCUUGACUUGUCUGGCUGCUUAGCACUUGAAAAAUUACCAGAGCAACUACCAUCAUCCUUUGGUGUUUUGAAGAAUCUUAAAACUUUAUCAUUAUAUGGAUGUAGUCGUCUCAUUAAAUUACCAAACUUCCUACAAGUCCCACAUCUAAAGAGUUUGGUACUUGAAGGUUGUACAAGCUUGGUUGAGAUUCAUGAUUCCAUUGAACUUCUAAAAGGACUUGUUUUGCUGGAUUUACAAAGAUGCGAGAGCCUUAGGAAUCUUCCAAGUAGCAUUUCUAACUUAGAAUCUCUUGAAACUCUUGACUUGUCUGGUUGUUUAGCACUUAAAAAAUUACCAGAGCAACUACCAUCCUCCUUUGGCCUUUUGAAGAAUCUCAAAACUGUAUCAUUACGUGAAUGUAGUCGUCUCACCAAAUUACCAAACUUACAAUCCCCACAUCUAGAGAGACUGAUACUUGAAGGUUGUACAAGCUUGGUUGAGAUUCACGAGUCUAUUGGACUUCUAAAAAGACUUGUUUUACUGAAUUUACAAAGUUGUAAGAAGCUUAAGAAUCUUCCAAAUAGCAUUUCUAACUUGGAAUCUCUUGAAACUCUUAACUUGUGGAAGUGCUAUAGUCUUGAAAAGUUACCGGAGCAAUUGAAAAAUAUGACGGCUUUAAAAGAGCUAGAUGCGGGGCUCACUGCUAUUAAGCAAGUACCAUCCUCCUUUAGGCUUUUGAAUAAUCUCGAAAGUUUAAGAUUUUUUGGAUGUGUAUGUCUCAUCGAAUCACCAGAGUUCUCAGAAACCUCAUGUCUAAAGGAACUGUCAUUUGAGGGUUGUACAAGCUUGGUUGAGAUUCACGAGUCCAUUGGACAUCUAAAAGGACUUAAAUCACUUAAUUUAGGAAGGUGCAAGAAGCUUAGGAAUCUUCCAAUUAGUAGCAUUUCUAACUUAGAAUCUCUUAAAGUUCUUAUGCUGUCUGUCUGCAUAGAACUUGACAAGUUACCAAAACAAUUGGAGAACAUGAAGGCCUUAUGGAAAUUGACUGCAUACGGAAUUCGCAUUGGAUCUGGAGGACCAAAAUCGUCCUUGCGUCUUUUGAGUACUCUCAAUGUUUUAACAUUACAUGGAUGUGGAGGACCGAUAUCAUCCAAAAGCUCAGACCGCAUGAGUUUGUUACCGAUCUCUGAAUUAUGUUCAUUGACAGAACUAGAUCUUAGUGACCGCAAUUUGUCUGAAGAUGAGUUUCUUGAAUUUAAAUGUUUAUCUUCACUCAAAAGGUUGAAUUUAUCAAGAAACAACUUUCGUAACCUACCUAAUUGCAUUAGCUGCCUUCCCAAAUUACAGCAUUUGGAUUUGAAUGAGUGUACUACUCUUCAAUCAAUUUCACUUCCCAGAAAUGUAAUAGUUUUGGGAGCAAAUGGGUGCACAUCAUUGGAAAGAAUCUCAAUUCUGACCAACCAGAGUUCAGGAUCUUCUGACCUUGAUAAUCCGGACAUACUGGAUAAGAUUUCCUCAUCUUUUUACCUUGACAAUUGCCACAAAUUGGUUGAUGUUCAAAAUUUGGAGAGUUUGCGAUGUGUACCGACUACUAUUCGCAUGGGAAGCUGCAACAAUCUAUCAUCUGAUUUCAGGGAGAGUGUUUUACAGAUGAUGUGCAGCAUGACACUUAACGUUAGUUGCGUUCUCCUCCCCGGAAGUGAGAUUCCAAAUUGGAUUAGCCAUCAGGCAAUGGGUUCUUCAGUAUCCUUCCGGGUGCCUCCGUUUAUGGAUGGUAAAAUCGGCAAGGUGGUUUUAUGCAUUGUUUAUGCAGUAAACAAGGAAACAGCAGAGUUGGGUCUUGGGGGUUUGUUCAGAUGGAGAUUAUGUAAUAAAAGUUCAGAUGGAGACCAGUCCAACAAUUGGGGCGACUGGGAUGUCGUGGGACAAACUUCGGCUUAUUUUGAUAUCUUGGAAGAUCAUAUGGUUGCACAAGUGAGGGCUGAUUCACUCUGGAGACGAAAUAGAAGGAAGAUGAAAGUUGGAGACGAAAUAGAGGUCGCCUUCGAUCUACAAAUGUGGGGUAUUAAUGGAAGUAUUGAUCCGCAAAUUAUGUGUGGAAUUGAUCGACAAAUUAUGGAAGUGAAGAGGUGUGGAGUCCAUCUACUGGUUGAUGAGCGUUACCCAAUUGUUAGAGAUGACGGCAUCUCUGAAAGUAGUCCAGAUGACAGAAAGUUUACUACAGGUUAUGACAUUUAUCUUGGUCUAUGCCUCAUUUCUUGGAUUGCUAAGAAACAAACAGUUGUGGCCAAAUCUAGCACAAAGGCUGAGUAUCGGUCCAUGACACUUGCUGUUGCUAAAAUGUAUUGGACUUGCGUGCUAUUUCAAGAGUUAAAAGGUCCCUCUCGUUCACACCCCAUGCUUAUGGGUUGA